GCCCCACGUGAUAUUUAGAACUUUUUUGUUUACAAGAUCCGGCAUACUCAUUCAUAUUAUUUCUGUAUACUUUAAAAAGAGAGCAAGGAAACAAGGAAAGGAACAAGAAAGCCACUACAUCCAUAACAUGUCUUUAUCAAACCCCCCUAAAGCCCUCUUAUUCGAUGUAUUCGGGACCGUCGUGGACUGGCGGGUGACUGUGGUGCGGGAACUAUCAUCCAAAUGCCAUUCAACGCUUUCCUCUGCGACUGCGUCUCUGCCAUCGACAGUGCGCUUGCGGGCCUCGACCAUGGGUCUGACCGACUGGGCGGACUUUGCAGAGGAAUGGCGAAACACAUACAAGGUCUUCACAAGUAGCCAUGAUCCCGGCGGGACAUUUAUUACUGUAGACGAACACUAUCUUUCCUCGUUGCGAGAGCUGCUCAAGUCACGAGGGCUGGAGGGACUUUGGCCUGAAGAAGAUUUGCAAGAGAUCAGCUUGAUGUGGCAUCGUCUGGAUGCUUGGCCCGAUAGUGCCGUAGGGCUGCAGCAUCUCAACAAAGUAUUUACGACCUGCACGCUCUCGAAUGGUAAUCUCAGUCUGCUACAGGAACUUACGACACAUGCUGGACUAGAGUUUACACACAUCUUCAGCGCGGAACUUUUCCAAGCCUAUAAGCCGCAGCCAAAAGUCUACAAGGAAGCAGCCAUUCGACUUGGCCUGGCGCCGGAGCAGUGUGCAAUGGUAGCAGCGCAUCUCUAUGACCUGAAAGCUGCCAAAGCGUGCGGGUAUCAGACCGUUUAUGUAGAGCGAGAACAUGAAGAAGGGUGGUCCCGUGAAGAGAUAGAUGAGGCAAAACGAGCGAAUUAUGUGGAUAUGUGGGUCACGCUGGACGAAGCUGGCUUUCUGACCGUUGCUGAACGCUUCGGCAUUGAGCGAGAACGGCUUCCCAAAAGCGCCUCAUUCUAAUAUGCUCGGUCUGCAAGCCUUUUCCUACCAUGGAGCAUCAAAGAGAUGGCAUUCGGGAAAUGGGAUGACGUUGUUUUGGAAAAUCAAUA